AUGCCUGGCCCUCACGAGCAAAACCAUGAUUACUUCUCAAAACCGACUACACCCUCAACCCCAGGCCCAGCCCAUCUCGGCAACGUUGCAAGUCGCAUCCCGAGCACCAUUUCGGACCGAGAAACAGGACAUAUCGACCGUACCAAGUCAACGCACUCCAGGCGUCAUCGUGCUAUCCAUGGUCUACCCAGCUUCGUGUCGCGCAUGAGCAAGCGACCGGCCAGCUCUAGACGCUUCACAAGAAUGUCUAGUUCAGGGAGCGCAGCUCGACCUGUAGCGCCGCAGCACCCUUCUCAGUUCCGUGAAUAUGCCCCUGCGGAAGAAGGAUACUAUGAAGAGAACCCAUGGUUUGGCGAGUCGGAAAAGAAACCCAUUUUCAGUCUUGGAAAGCCCCUCCCUCACAAAGUUCGCCGCAAGGUAAUGAAACCCAUCAGGCCGGAUGGAACAGUCGACGAGGAGAUGGCCGUUGUCAAAGAAGACACUGCCAAUGAAUUCCCAUCACGUUACAACUCGUACACUACAGCAGGACAGCCAUACCGGGCGGAAACCCAGAGCAGUCUUACAACACGGGAUACCCAAAACCAGCAAAGUCGGACUACAGCAGCAGGAGUCGCGCACAACGAAAAGCGCAACGAUGCGGGCCAACCAGUAUAUGACUACGUCCCCGGCCCAGCAACGCCCGCAACACCUACGCACCGUGAUCAACCCGCAUCAAGAGUCCAAUCUCGCCAGCAGAAUGAGCAUUCGCAACCUGAUUUCAAAGUCGACGGUGAACCCCUGGGACAGCAAGAGAGGUCUUCUGUAGAAGCCGGCGAGAAGGACCCGAAUGAGAUGAGGAAUUGGUGGGCCAGACUACGCGCGAAACACCCGGAGCCACUGGCCGAGUUCCUCGCAACUUGCGUUGCAAUCUUUCUGGGUCUUACAGCUACUCUAUCUGUGAAUCUCUCCGCCAAGCAAUCACAGGGCUACGGCACUUACGAAACUUCGUGCUGGGCAUGGGGUUUUGCGUGGAUGUUUGGCAUCUACCUCGGAGGCGGUGUCUCAGGCGCGCAUAUGAAUCCUGCUAUCUCCAUCUCGUUGUCACUCUUCCGUGGAUUUCCCUGGAAACAAUGUCUCGUCUACAUCAUUGCGCAGUUCCUCGCAGGCAUAGUCGCUGGAGCGUUAGCAUACGGAAUUUAUGCUGAUUCCAUUAACUUUGUCGACCCUGACAUGACGGGAAUGUCCAUGACGUUCUUCUCCACGCCGCGUGAGUGGGUGUCAUUGUCGUCUGCCUUCUUCAACCAAGUAGUCGGCAGCGCCAUCAUGAUGAUCGCCGUGUUCGCGCUCGGUGACGACCAGAACAACCCACCAGGCGCUGGAAUGCAUGCCUUGGUACUGGGAUUCCUGGUUACCACUCUCAAGUUCACACUUGGCUACAACAUCGGAUCUGCGCUGAACCCUGCCUCGGACUUUGGGCCGCGCGUCAUAGCGUAUGCAGUUGGAUAUCGAGAGUCGAACGUGUUCCAAAGCGGAUGGUGGUUCUACGGCCCAUGGGCUGCGACGUUGUUAGGAUCUGUGUUAGGCUGUACGUUAUAUGAUGGAUUUGUGUUUGUUGGAAGCGAGAGCCCGAUCAACUUCCGGUUCAAUAAGGAGAUAAAGAAGCGGGCGAAGAAGCUACUCAAUUGA